CUUUCUAAAAGAUCCCUUUUGAACCAAUCACACACACAGCUGAUUGGAGAGUGCUGUAAUGGCUUCAUUUGCAAAAGAAUGCAUUAUUCUUCUAGCUUUCUUCUUCUUCUUCUCUUCUUCUUCCUCAGCCUUCCCUCGGGGAAAGAGACAAAAACCUCAGCCUUGUAAAGAGUUAGUUCUUUACUUUCAUGACAUUCUCUACAACGGGAAGAAUGCAGGCAAUGCCACUUCAGCCAUAGUUGCAGCUCCACAAGGUUCAAACUUAACCAUUUUGGCACCCCAAUUUCACUUUGGAAACAUAGUUGUGUUUGACGAUCCCAUCACUUUGGACGAUAAUCUCCACUCGAACCCCGUCGGUCGGGCUCAAGGGCUUUACAUUUACGACACUAAGAACACCUACACUGCAUGGCUAGGCUUCUCGUUCUCGUUCAACUCUACGGCCCAUAAAGGCACCAUCAACUUCAUGGGAGCUGACCCCAUCUUGGUCAAGACCAGAGACAUUUCCGUUGUUGGUGGCACCGGUGACUUUUUCAUGCACCGCGGUGUCGCUACCAUCAUGACUGAUGCUUUUGAAGGAGAAGUCUAUUUUCGACUCCGAGUUGACAUCAAGUUCUACGAGUGUUGGUGACUCUUGAUUUGGUUGACAUAUCAACUUUGUUUUUCGUUUUGGACAUUGAUGAAUGGUCGACCAUACGUAAAUGAUUGGUCAAAUAAAAGUUUUUUUCUUAGUCUUUGAUGUUUUUACUCUAAAUUAUUGAGAAGUGUGUUGAAGGUUGAUCUUACAGAUGUUAAUUCAUCCCAGAGUAAAGGCUUAAAAAGAGUUUGAAUACAUUUUUUAUAA